AUGGAAUUGAAAACGAAAGUAGACGAAAAGGAAAACAUUUUAGAAUAAAACAGGUAUGGGGACUCAAGCGUCAAAGGAGGAAAAUUCUGCGGAGCUUAAACUUGCAGUAGACAGAGUUAAGAACUGCAUUGAAAAUCAUCGUAGCAAUGUAUGUAGCAUCGACUCGGCCGUAAAUGCACAAAAUGAUUCGGUAGAGCUACUUUCACAGAUGACAUCUGGUACGAAUAUGUAUUUUAGAGAAAGGCAUUGUACUGAGAAUGAACAGUCAGCCCAAAAUGGACCCUUGGAUAUGACUCAAAAUCUUCUAGCCAACAUUCAGAACACUUUGAUACAUCAAGUUGGAGCACUAAAUGAGAGUUUUGGUAUACUUGAAAACUGCAUUCGAGAAAUAUCAGCGCAUUAUAGUCCUGAGUCUGGAUCACAUGUUGAUACAGACAGGCGGACCUUAGUUAGCGCGAGAACAAGAACAUCAAAGGACAGAUUCAGUACAGUAAUGUAUGAAUCAGAAAGACGUAUGAAUUCAAAGGAAGUCAGUUCAAGCGAUGCCGAAUUUGAAGAGAGUGAUAUUGGUACUGUUAGGGCAUUACGAUCGGAAAACAAAGCUAUAACGUCUCAAAAAAAUGAAUUACAAAUGAAAUUAAAAGAAACCGAGGAAGUUAUAAAAUCGUUUCAAGAUGAAAAUAGACGCCUAAAUUCCGAAAAUGAAAACUUACGUCGUACGACGGCAGAAAUUGGCCGAGUUCAAAAACAGAAAGAAGAAUUUGAGAGGAAAUGCGCGAAGCUUGAAAUGGAAAAUAAGAAGUUGAAUGAUGAUGUUCAUAGGUAUAGAAGUGAAGCCAAUGCAUGUUAUUCGCUUGAGAAUACAAUCAGGAGACUACAGGAGACAGUAGAUCAACAAAAGCGAAGAAUACUUGACCUAGAGGACGAAAAACGAAAAAUUAAAGAGAGAAAAAUGAUUGUACCGGUUCAGUUGUUCUACCAACGAAAAGAUGAAUUAAUGACGUUGGUAGUGAAGGAGCUGUCUUUGAUGAUGGACACACAGAUGCAAACAAAGAAUAUACAGCUAGAAAUCGUAAAAUGUGAAAACAUUUCAAGGAUACAGCCUGAUAAGCCAAUUCUGGUUUUGUGCAUUAACUCUUCAAGACUCGGAACUGACGCAUCAACUGCAAUCGAAGGAGUCCACAAGUCUGGACGUACAGCUCUGUUGAUAUUUCAUCACAAAAACAUCCAUGCUCUACCAAACCAGCCUAGUGAUCGCAUGUUGACAUCUUCAGAGUUCAAACAACUUGGUGGAAUAAUUGACUUGGCAUUCCUUACCGGCAAAGGAAUCUACCCGUGCGAUAUGAACAAUCUCGCUGUAUCGUGUAUUGAAAGCUUCAUACAAAGGAAUGUAUCCGGAAAAUAAUCAGGACCAUGUGUGAUAUUUAUAUAAUAUUUUAUUUUGUGAACACUACAUUGUCUGGCUAUUUGUGCAUUAUCAUUUUUUUGUAAUCAAAACAGUAUGAUAAUCUCAAACGCUUUAACUUCUUUUUCAAACUGAUUCAUUUGUUGGGAUUUUAAAAAAAGAAGCCAGAAAAAUGUAAAUUCUUUGUUUGUAGGGAUUCAAAAUGUAUUUCGCUGUUAUGUAUCAAUCUAUACAACCAGUGCAAUAGACCAUUUUAUUACAUGACUCCUUUAUAUAUAAAUCGCCGGACCAUAAAUUGUGCUAUAUAUGAUCGGUCCAUGCACUAAUUUUUGCUGGACUUGAGUGAAAAUUUAAAGAAAAACAGUUAUCAAAAUUUAUUUCUGAUGUCAUGUAAUAAAACACUUACUGGAUGGCUUACCGUCAAUAGUCACAACUACUUUAUUGGUAGUUUAUUUAAUUAGGGCAAAGACCAGGAUCAAAAUUACAUUGAGACUGAAAACGGUUUCCUCUCAGUAACUAAAGAGAGCUUUAGCGUACGGUCGCCAAACUUGGGAUCACUGUAAGUGGUAAAUAAAUAUACCCUGUUGUUUUGGGGGUCGGUCCUUCAAAGGUCAAGAUCGCAGUGACUUGUACACUGAAAAUGUUAUCCACUCAAUAAUUAAGGAACACUUUAACUGAAAUCUUCUUUGGGUGGUUGUGGUCUGUAGUCUGAUGUUUUUGAAGUCAAGGUCGUAGCACUCAAAAUUACAUACCCAUUUGCCUUCGACAGGCCAUCACGGGAGCGCAUGUAAUUUACAGCUAUUGUUUUAUUUGUCUGACAUCGCUACGUUUCAGUAUGAUAGAUUAUUUUAUAGCAGUUUAUUAUCAGUUGUUUGUGCUAACAUUAACCAGUGCAAAACGUGCCCAGUAGUAUCCUCACUUGCCAUCCAUCCGUCGUACUUACGCCCGUCCGUUCUAACUUUUAACAUCUCCUCUGAAACCAUUUGAUGAAAGUUGACGAUAUAGAUUCAUCGUGGAUUUCUUGUUUCUAAAUUUGUGUAGAAACUACAGUCCAUAAAAUAAACAAACGUGUUUGUAAAUAUGGACGGAUCCAAACGGAAGGGGAAGAAGCAUUUUAUAGAAAUAUUCCGAUGGCAAAAUACAAUACAUAUCCGUAGCCCUGACCAACCUAUAAACCGGGCAAGUCUAUUUUAUAAGUACAUUAACACGGCUGACCCAUUUAAACGAGCUGUAUUUUCUUGUAUAAAAAUGAAAUAAGCCUGCGAUUUCGUUUCUACAUUAACAUAAAAUACUGCGGAUAACAAAAUGAUGUAUAUCUAUGGCCUUUUCGCCAAUAUCUUUGAAAGUAAUUUACCGCUGUGAAACGUAAGUUUAAAAUACAUGUCUCUUUAUAUAGAUCUAGGAUGAUAAUUUGACACUUGUGUACAGUCCGUGUCUGAUAACUUCGGAGUGACUAUUUGGACGAGUCCAAGUCAGAAGGGUAAUCGAUAGUUAUCAUUAUCUAAGUACACACUUUGAUAUUAUACUACAAACUGGAACGUUUACUUUGAAGUAGAAGAUUAGUACCGGUCGUAGGGCGUUAGCCUUACAUGUGCGACUCUUUUUAUUUCCAUUGUCGUGUUGGUUCGAAUCCCAUCGUGAUUUAUACUUUUUUCUAAAUCUUUUUUUUAAAUCUUUUUAAUACGUGUUUUAAUUACAUUUUUUUCAAAGGCAAUUGAAAAUAUUCAAAAUGCAGUAAUACAGCACUGCGGUAUACAAGAACGAACUGAAAUAUGGAAAAAUGAUGUUGCUUGAAAUAACCUUCAGAAUAUUUUGUAGUAUGCAUUUAGCAUCAUUUUUAUACUGAACAGUGUUUCUCUUUGCAACAACAGACGUGGACGCCUCGGACAUUACACUAAUACUGGCAAUAUACCAGUCUGAGAGAGGAAUUUAACCUGCACGAAAUUUCCGAGUGUUUUCGUGACUAUGCAUUCAUUAUAUGAUGUGUUUACACAGAGUUGAUGGCUGGUCACCUUUAAACAGAAAUUAAUUUAUUAAUUUUUCUAUCUAAUUAUAUUAAUAUAUUCCAGGAAAAAGAAUGAUUAGGGUGGUUACCCUGAAAGAGAGAGAAAAAAAUAACUACACUUACCUCGAUUCGAACCUAUACGGCCCGCAUAAUUCGACAUUUCGAACAUCAUUGCUUAACCACUGAGCUGCCGGGACUGACAGACGUGUUCCAAUAAAAUAUACCUAAUAUUAUUGUUUAUGUAAGCUGCUUUACCUAUUUUGUUAGUUUUAUAAGUCCAGAAAACAUAAACAAACGUGACGUCACUCCGAAGUUAUCAGACACGGACUGUACUUAUAAAAUACUAACGAUAUAUUUGUUUAACUUUUCUAUGUACUGGUAAUCAUCUAAUUACCAUCUUACAUCUAUUGCAAUCUUACCGUGGUGUUAUAAACCAUUAUGCAGAUACACACGUGACCAAGAAUAGGCUAACACUUACAAGAAUAUUUAUUUGACUAUCCUUUACAAUUUGAAUGUUCAAUAGGUAAAUUAAGACUUAUUGAAAAAAUUUUCAUGUCGACAUCUUUGGUCUAUAGUGGUUUUAAAAUUCGUUUGAUAACACUUAUUUUUCAUGCUUAGUAUUAUUGUUUAGAUUUACAUUUUUGAAUCGCAUAUCUGUAACCUUGAAACUUGGUAGUUCUUUGAUGAUUCGCUGAACAAGUUAGUCAAGAAUUAUACCUUUCGUUUGCGUUUUGCCGUAAUAAUGGUCUUUUUAUGCUUGGUAAAAUGCUACUGCAAAUUAGAUCUGCAUUUCACGAGUACGAAUAGAGUAAAGUGUUGCUUUUUGCAGAUAUGUUUUUCUUGACAGAAAAAAAACCGUGUCUAUGGUUCAUGCUGUAUAGAUUUUUUUCUGAUUUUUAUACUCUAAGGAGUUUGUGUUUUGACUCACUUACAUUACAUACUUGUUAGUAUCCGUAUCAGUUGAUAUCCAUGUAGCUUGGUACACUGCUAUAUCAUCUAAAGAGACAGUUAGGCAAGACUUUGUAUAUUGUCUAAUGUUUGAUCCUUACCAUUUUGUUUUCCUGUUGCUCUAUAAAUGCAAAAACAAAAAUAAUUUUUCACAGCUUUAAAAGUUUAUGGAGGACUCCGUGGCCGAGUGGUUAAAGUCGCUGACUUCAAAUCACUUGCCCCUCAUCGAUGUGGGUUCGAGCCUCACUCGGGGCGUUGAAUUAUUUAUGUGAGGAAGCCAUUCAGCUGGCUUACGGAAGGUUGGUGGUUCUACCUAGGUGCCCGCUCGUGAUGAAAUACUGCACAGAGGAUCACCGGAGGUCUUCCUUCACCAUCAAAAAGCUGGAAAGUCGCCAUAUGACCUAUAAUUGUGUCGGUGCGACGAUAAACCCAACAAAAUAAAUUAAUAAAUCAACAGUUUAUAUCUUGGUUGUAAGAAAUAGAAAAUUAGGCACUGUAAAAUUUCAUUACAGUCCAAAAGAUGAUAAUCAACAAUACAACUUGUUGUUUUCUUACCAGAAAUUUCUUUGCUUACCAUAUCAUUAUGUGCUUUGUUUAUGAAAUAAAUUUAAGGCUUUAUAUACGA